CUUUGACACGAAAUCAUCAACAUCUACUUUGUGCCUCAGGUCUGGCAUGUCACGAAAGGUGCGGGGUUUGGGGCACCUCACGUUCCCCGUGUCCUUGGCUGUUUUAGUCCACGGAGAUUUUCAAACUCGAUGUCCGGGGGAGGCACCCUACGUCGAGGGAUUGGUCGCACCACUUUGCACUGGACAUUUCCCAGAGAAAGGCUCCACGAGCUUCGCCUCUUGGAUUGUUCACUUCUAUGGGUGCAACUGUCGGCGCUGUAGAGAGACUGCCUUGAUGCUUCAAGAUGUUUUGACAGAAGAACCCGUCAGGCAAAGCAGUCUAAAAUUCGGCGCAGUAGACUGCCAACAGGCACAAAACCGCAAGCUUUGCAAAAGUUUCAACAUCUGGAAGUUUCCUGUGUUGAUGGCCAUGGGUAGCAGCUCUCGUUACAGCGGUCCUUUGGACGUGAACUCUGUGAUGGAAUGGAUGGAAGGAUUCCUGCGACUAGAUGCUCUCGUCCCCGUCUCGAAUCAGCUCAUUGUGUGUCCCGCCUUCGAGCUCUAUGAAGAACCGAGGCUGGCAAGCGAGUUCCUGACCGCGCACAACAUCUUUCGCUGCAUGGCAGGCAUUCCUAUGCUCGAGUGGGAUUUGCAUGCCUUCCAAACGGCCAGGGCAUAUGCCUCCAGAGCUCCCACGGAUCGCUUGUCCCACAGUGACCCAGCCGAACGGAGAAGCAAACGGAAGGCAGUCUACGGAGAGAAUGUGGCUCUUGGUCAACAUCUACGGCCAGGGCAAGUGGUGGCUCGUUGGUAUGAUGAGAUUCGGAACACGCAGGGAGGCAAAUUCCGGCCAAAGCGUGCUGGACUUGGUCAUUACACACAGUUGGUGUGGCGGAAGACUUUGCGUGUUGGAUGUAGUUUGGGGCAAGAUCGUCGUGUGGCUGUGUGCCACUAUGAUCCUGGUGGCAACGAAAAGGGGAAACACUUGUCACAAGUUGCACCUCCUUUGCCUGGAUUUUUUGGUAUCGAAGGGCAAGAACGAUGUGGUGCGAUUGUCGAACAGAUAGGAGCCUCAUGAAAAGUGAGCAAGGCUGCACCGCUGUAUUGCCUCUACACGUGUUGCAUGCUACUCGUAGUAAGUACUAGUACUCGUAGCUAGCAACGCUUGAAACCUGG